AUGGACGUCCGCACAUACGUAUCCGACAAUCUCAUCCAGCUGGUGGGCGUUAGCGAUGACAUCACCGUGGACUUUGUGCUUCAGACAGCCAAAACCGUGAAAAGCCCAUCUGCGCUACAGCAAAAGCUUGGCAGCAUUCUUGGUGAGGAUGCUGACCUGUCUCGUUUCAGUGGUGAAUUGUACGGCCGCAUCUCUGGAACCUCGAAUGGCAGCAACAGUAGCAAUGGAGCGCAGAGGAAGGAUGGCGGGGUCAAGAAGGCGCCGAAGAAGAAGUAUGCUAUGGUCGAGAUGGAGGUAGAGGAUGAGGCACCAGCUGUUGUCAAAGAUGAUACCGGGGAGCGAGAGCGAAAGCACAAGCAUAGAUCCGACCACGAGAGGAGAAGAUCGAAAAGUAGGGACAGAGAAAGGUCAAGCAAGAAGCCCAGACGGCGAGAUGGAGAGGACUUUGAAGAUCGAUGGGGAGACGAGGAGAUCGAGGAGGCUGAAGAGGAGGAGUUCGCUUCGCCUCCGGCUAAGCGUGCGCGUUUCGAGGAAGAUAGUGCCAAACGUGAUGGGAAACCUGCUUCGGAGCUGGAUGAGAAUGAGGAGGAGAGGGAUCGUCGAGAGAGGCAAGAAUUUGAGAAGCGACUACACAGCCGCGACAAGGACUCGACGAAGAAAGUCGCAGACGAUCGAUCGUCCAAGAACGAAGCAGCUGAUGCCGAGCGGAGAGCACAAGCUGGCAAGCUGUCAACGCGGGAGAUGAAGGACUUGAGGCUACGAUCGCGACAGGACUAUCUCAAAAAACGAUCUGCGCAAGAGCUUGUACUCCUGCGAAAACAGGUUGCGGACGAGGAGGAAGAGGAGCGAAAUAACCCGACCCUGUCGCAAGCAGAGAAGGAUGAGUUCGCUCGCAACAGAGAGGCCUUGCGACUCGCGGAGGAGCGAGAAGGCAUUGAUGACUAUGUGGACGGGUAUGCGAUGCCAGAGGACUAUAUCACAGAGAAGGGAAAGAUGGACAUGAAGCGGAAGCAGGACGCACUCUACCAACGAUAUGUCGAUCGAGACAACAGCGGUCGUGAACGGUUUGUCACGGAACACGAAGAGUGGGAGCGAGAGCAGCUGGACAAAACAAAGGCACAGAUCGUGGUCGCGGAUAGGAAGAACGAGCAGGAGUAUGAAUAUGUGUUCGACGAGGAGCAGCAAAUCCGGUGGGUGACUGACGCGACCAUGAAAGGCGGUAUGAGUGAGAUGAAGUCGCAAGAAGAACGUCUGGUGGCGCAGCAAAUGUUGGCUGCGGAACGGAAAGCGAAGACGAUCCAGGAGAAGCGUAAAACUCUGCCAGUCUACGCCUAUCGCGAUACUUUUCUGCAAGCCGUCAACGACUUCCAGAUCCUUAUAGUCGUGGGUGAGACUGGUAGCGGUAAGACUACUCAGCUCCCACAAUAUCUGUACGAGGCUGGGUAUUGUAAGGAUGGCAUGAAAGUGGGCUGCACGCAGCCACGUCGAGUCGCUGCCAUGAGUGUCGCAGCUCGUGUGGCAGAAGAAAUCGGCGUCAAGGUCGGUAAUGAAGUCGGCUAUGCGAUUCGUUUCGAGGAUGCGACUAGCGACAAGACGGCACUGAAAUAUAUGACGGACGGUAUGCUGCUGCGGGAGUUUUUGACGGAGCCCGAUCUAGGCGGCUACAGCUGUUUGAUGAUCGACGAGGCUCACGAGCGCACAUUACAUACCGACAUUCUUUUUGGCUUGGUCAAGGACAUUGCACGUGGCCGCAGUGACCUGAAAUUGUUGAUAUCGUCUGCUACGCUGGACGCACAAAAGUUCUCCGAGUUUUUCGACGAUGCGCCAAUCCUCAACAUCCCGGGACGAACUUACGAUGUCGAGAUGAACUACUCUUUGCAGCCGGAAGCGAAUUAUCUAUCGGCGGCCAUCACGACGGUCUUCCAGAUCCACCUCAGUCAGCCCAUGCCAGGCGAUAUCUUAGUAUUCCUUACUGGUCAAGACGAAAUCGAGCAGGCGGAGCAGUCUUUGACAGAGACUGCGCGGAAACUCGGCAGCGCUGCACCAGAGUUGAUGAUCUGUCCCAUCUAUGCCAAUCUGCCUACAGACCUACAACAGCGUAUCUUCGAGCCGACGCCGCCUAAAUGUCGUAAGGUGGUGCUGGCCACCAACAUUGCCGAAACCAGUUUGACAAUCGAUAACAUUGUGUAUGUCAUCGACCCUGGAUAUGUUAAGGAGAACCGAUACACGCCUGCGACAAACAUGGAAAGCCUGGUUGCGGUACCCAUUUCUCGAGCCUCCGCCAACCAGCGUGCGGGUCGUGCCGGUCGAACACAGCCCGGCAAAUGCUUUCGACUAUACACGAAGUGGGCAUACUACAACGACUUACCAGAAUCGACCACGCCAGAAAUCCAACGAACCAAUCUCAACAGCAUUGUUCUACUACUCAAGUCUCUCGGCAUCAACGACCUGAUCAACUUCGAUUUCAUGGACCCGCCUGCCCCAGACAUGCUGAUUCGCAGCUUAGAGCAGCUCUACGCUCUCGGAGCACUGAACGACAAAGGCGAGCUGACGAAAGUUGGUCGUCAAAUGGCCGAGUUUCCGACAGAUCCCAUGCUCGCCAAAGCAGUCCUAGCAGCAGACAAAGAAGGAUGUGUUGAGGAAGUCCUGUCCAUCAUAGCGAUGCUCGCCGAGGCAAGCGCCAUGUUCUAUCGUCCGAAAGAGAAGAAGCUCCAAGCCGACGCUGCACGAGCUCGAUUCACAGUGAAAGAAGGCGGCGAUCAUGCCACUUACCUCAACAUCUGGAACCAAUGGGUCGACUCCGACUUCUCAUACGUCUGGGCUCGAGAGAACUUCCUCCAGCAGCGUUCACUCACACGCGCACGAGAUGUCCGCGAUCAGUUGCUGAAGCUUUGUGAUCGCGUGGAAGUCACUCCUUCGUCCUGCGGCAGCUCAGAUCUCCCACCUAUCCAGCGCUCGAUCGCAGCCGGGUUCUUCCCAAAUGCUGCUCGAUUGCAGAAGGGGGGCGAUAGUUAUAGGACUGUGAAGAAUAAUCUGACGGUGCAUAUCCAUCCUAGCUCGGUGCUGAUGGAUGUCAAGCCGAAGUGGGUGCUUUUCUACGAGCUCGUGCUGACGAGUAAGGAGUUCAUGAGAUCUGUCAUGCCGUUGAAACCGGAGUGGUUGAUGGAAGUAGCGCCGCACUAUUACAAGGCGAAGGAUGUCGAAGCUUUGGGCGUGGACAGGAAGAUGCCCAAGGGUCUAGAAGGAAAAUGA